AUGUCGGACAAAGGGAACAAACCGAAAGACUUCGACGGUACGAGGUCGAAAUACAGAGAAUGGAUAUACGAAUGUCAUAUGUACAUUCUCACCAACCCAACCAAGUAUGACACCGACAAGGAUAAAACCCUGAUGGUGUUGUCAUACAUGAGGGAAGGGACGGCGUCACUAUUCGCCCAGAAAUAUUACUUCGACAGGGAACUACGAGAAUACAAGGCGACAGAAACAAGAAAAACAUGGGGAACGUUCAAGGACUUCCUGAAAGAAUUGGCCGCUGCAUUCAAAGAUGAAAGCCUCGAACAGAAGGCGAGACAAAAAUUAUUCACAAUGAGAAUGGGAAAGCGGUCAGCAGACGAAUUUGUCACAGACUACCUCAUGACGGCAGGAGAAAGCAGAUUCGAUCUCGAAUCCACCGUCGACUAUUUCCGCCGGGCCAUACACCCGGAAAUCUUUAAACAAAUUUACCGACUUCCUGACAUGCCGACAACCAUGGACGAUUGGGUGAAAUACACCCAAAGGUUCGAUAACCAGUAG